AGACCUUACCAUGGAGCAAACAAUAAACGCCGAUGCCGCUAGAAAACUUACCGGAAUUAUACACUUGACAGAUUCGAUCUCAGCUUGUCAACGUUGGGCACGGAGCCAUGAUAUUCGCUCUACUGUUAUUACUCAUGUUAUGGAAGAAGUAGGACUUGGGACAACUCAAGAUAUCUCAGCUGAAUUACAGCCUUCGAGUAUUAAAAAGAGUCCAGAGCAACUUACAACGUUCAUCAAAACAUUUGAUCAGUAUAUCAAUCCCUUCAGUCAUGACUUACCUAUGGACCAGUUAUUCAACAUUGCAUCCGGCAAAGGUGCUACCCCGCAGGUUGAAAAGUUUCUCCUUAGUAUUGAAGAAAUUGGUAACGACCAACGAGAAACAUUUAUUACUGAGUGUUCUUUGGAUAUUAAUACGUUCGAACGAACAAUUAAAAAAACACCCAUUCACAAUUUCUCUAGCGAAAUCAAAAAAAAGAAAAAAGUGAAAAUCGGCGGAAAAGACCAAAAAAUUCAGAUUCAACGAGAUUUAUUUGGUCGCAUGUUAGGAAUUUCAAUGAACCAUAAACUCGAUGUCCUGCGAAUUUUGUCCUACCCCAUUACUCCAGUUCCUCUUGCGUUAUGUCACUUGGACGGAGUGAUCUACAAAACCGCUAAAUCAGCGCUUGCCAAAUGUCUGGAAGCUAAAAUUGACCAUAACCCGCUGCGCUACUCGGAUGUUUACUUAAUAGAUGGAUUUUUCAUAUUACAUGCGAUGAAAGAGGUGCCUAAAAGAUUUGGAAACAUUUCCAAAAGAUUCUUACAGAUGAUAACCAAAUAUCCUGCAAAUAGAAUGGAUGUAAUCUUUGAUCAGUAUUGGCUUCCUUCGAUUAAAGAUUCGGAGCGACAACUGCGAAAAGAGGCGCCAUUAAUUAAUUAUUCAAUCACCGGGCCAGAUCAGACGAGACCAACAGAUUUUGCUAAAGAAUUGAAAAAUACUAACUUUAAGGAAUCUUUAAUUCAUUUUUUUUUCCACACAUUGGACAAGUGAUGAAAUUGCUCCGUUCGUUGGUAAUAAAUUAAUUCACCUUAAUUUCCGAGAGUGUCGAUCGUACAAAGCAAAUAACGGAAAAGUUGAAUCGACCAUUAUUGAAGAUCUUUGUUGUAAUUUGCAUGGAGAGGCUGAUACAAAAAUUAUUUACCAUGCAUGUCACAUCGUCGACCAAACUAAUAUUGUCAUUAGAGCCAGUGAUACUAACAUAUUAAUAAUAAUAUUGGCUAAUAUGACGAAAUUAAAAAAUGCCUCUUCUCAUAUUUGGAUGCUCUCUGGAACAGGUAACAGUGUAAGAUUCAUUGACAUCACCAAGAUAUAUGAGGAAUUGGGUGAAUUAUUGACCAAAAGUUAAAGUGGGUUCCAUGCGUUUACCGGCUCAGACUUCAAUCCUGACUUUUUCAACAAAGGAAAGAAGAGACCUUUUGGUAUAUUAAAAAAAUGCGUUAAAUUUCAAAAAGCGUUUGCAGAUCUUGGCAAUGCUUAUUUAACCGAGGAGCUUUUUCAAAAUCUGUUCAAUAUUAUACAAAAGUUUACUUGCCUAAUGUACGGAGCUGAAAAUCAAUAGGCGUGGAUGAUGGGAGAUUCCAGCUUUUUGUCAGUAGCUAUAAAGCAGUUGAUGUUACGGAAAAUUUCACGAAAAAAGUAAGGACUUUCGACGCAAGCUCUAUACCUCCUUGCAAAAGCGAGUUGUAUCAACAAUUUUUGAGAGCUCAUUAUAUUUCAAGCAUUUGGAAAAACGCUUCUCAAAAACAACCAACAACUUUGGACCCACUUGAGUAUGGUUGGGUAGAGCAAGAAAACUCUUUCACGCUUAAAUGGUUCGAAGGAGAUCAACUGCCAUGUCUCGUCAGCGAUUUGAUUAAAGAUGUUACAGAUACUGAUGAAGCCAGUGAUGACAUUCUCUCUCAUGAUGAAGACGAUGAUUCCGAGGAUGACCGGAAGUAUGAAGAGAGAAUAUAAAGAUAUGCAUUUUUUGAAUUAAAGAUCUGAAUUUUUCA